AUGUUGUAUCAUGGGUCCCCAGAUGAAAUAAUACAAAAGUCAAUUGAUAGUAUCGAGAUUGAACCUGAAUUAUUGACUUUGCAAAGAAUCGAAGAGACUAUUAGCUCUACAAAGCAAUUAAGACAAAACAAGAUAGCAACGGUUCAAGAUAAUGUAAGGGUACUCAGUAAACAGCUAAAUUCGUUGAAAAAUGAGAUGGAUGUUCUACAAAAGAUAAGCGAUUACAAUUACGAAAUUUUAAGUAAGUUGGGUAACGAAUCGACUCUUGGUAAGGGCGAAAAGGAUAAUAUUUUCAAGGCUUUGAAGAAGAAAUCUGUUGAGUUGGAUAAUAUGAAGGUAUCUUUGGCUAAAAAUCUAAAUGAUUUGGAAAGUUCUAUCAACUCCCUUAAUUUAAAUAAGAACACGUUGGAACACCAAAUUGAAGAGUUGAAAAUAAAGUUCGACAACCUAAUAAAUUCUAGCAUCAAUACAAUCAACCAAGACUCGAAGAUAUUGAAGAUUAAUAUAUACAGAAACUUGGGCAUAAAAGUAGAAAGCUUCGAUUCAGACCUGCUGGAAGGUCGAGAUAAAGACCAAAUAAUUAUAUACAACAAAGAAGCAGACAUGUCAAGUAUGCUAAGAGUUGAUGAAAAAUAUAGUGAUUUUUUCAUAUCAAACUAUAUUUGGGAUAGAUUGGACUGA